CUGAGGAAGGGGGAGGAGCUGAGGUGGAGCAGCAGCAGCAGCAUGAGUCUCCACCUCGAGUUCCACACCCGCCUGAGCGUCCUAGGAGGGAUGUGCGCCCUCCUGUGAGGCUGACCUAUGGGGGAAGAGGCAAGCCGAAUGUGGUGCAGGCUGGGAGAGAAGGAUGAAAUCCUCAUGCUCUUGGUGUAUGUGGAUGAUAUCCUUCUCUUCUCUGCAUCAACUGCUUUGCUGGACAGCGCAAAGCAGAUGCUGGAGAUGCAGUUCAAGUGCUCCAAGAUGGGUGAGGUGAAGUACUACCUCGGAAUGCAUGUGGAGAGAGAUGUGGAGAAGGGUGUGCUGAGGUUGCACCAGAGGAAGUACUGUGAGGGGCUGGCUGAGAACACCCUAGGGUGGUAACCAAAAUGCCUCUAAAUUUUGAGGAGGGUGUAAUUAGAGGCUUAUUUUGUAUAACGCCUGGGUGUUGUGGAACAUGCGUAUGUGAUAUUGUUUUUCCUAAACAA